AAAUAAUGUAAAUUGUUCAAGUGAGUUAAACUAUUCAAUUUAUAUUUAAUAAAACAUUUUUAAGAAAAAUUAUAAUGAAGUUUAGUAGACUUAUAACAGUGUUAAUAUGGAGAUGUUAUUUCCAUUCAGAAACAUUUGCAGCUGUUCUACCGAGUUUAUUAUGGGACCCAAGGAAUUACUUGUUCUCUUGUGAAAAUUUAACUCUCAAAGUACGUAUAGAUGAUCGAAUUAAUUUAAUAUGUCCCAAAGCGGAGCUAAAUACUCUUCAGUUAGAUCAAGCUCCCAAUGCAAUUGAUCUUUUUGAAAAAGUUUAUCUGCUUAAUGAAGAUCAAUUUUUAAAUUAUCAAACAUGUAACACUUCUUUUUUACCUUCAUCAAAUUUUGCUUGGCUUUGCAAUAAUAAAAGUUCACACUUAAUUGUUUUUGAUGAUAAUCCGUUGGAUCCGAAUUCUAAACCAAAAUUUUUGGCUGGAUCGAGUUAUUAUUUAAUAAGUACAUCUGAGCAAACAGAAAGUAAGAUCGACCAAAAUAUUGGUGGAAGCUGUAGAGGCAAUCCUCCGAAAAGAUUGUUUACUUUAAAGCUGAAAAUAUAUGUUUGUAAAAAAGAUGAAGUUGAAAAGAAAAUGUGUGAAAUUUGUCAAACAGUUUCAUGCUACGAGAAAGGUUGUGGAAAGUGGUUAACCUUAAGUGAUUUAACAAUUUCAAAUCACAUAUGGAAUGGAUCACACUGUUUAAGGAAACUACCUAGACAAUGCAUUUCUCCUUAUUUUCAAUGUGAUGGAUUACCUUACAGUUAUGAAGUUGAAAAUAACAAAGAGGCGUGCAAAUUAGAGUGUGAUUUAUCUAACACUUCUAGUUCAAUAGCCUAUGAUAAAAGUAUUAUUACUAGCAGUUCCACUUUGCUAUCUUCUGUAUCCAGUUGCUCAGUAACCACUUUCACUGAGUUUAUAACAUCAUUAGUGAUUAGUACUGCUUACAUUUCUUCUGUUAGUUAUUCAACAAUAAAAACAACUGUGCAGGUUACAGUCACGAAAACAGAAACAAGUCCGUGUUCUCAGUCAGUAACAGUAACUCAACCUGCCAGAGCGGAAAAGGUUUAUGUUGACAUAGAGUAUGAUAAGAAAUUCUACAUAACAAUCAUUGCAACAAUAGUUGGAGCUAUUUUUGUUGGCAUAUUUGUUGCACAUGCUUGUGUAACAUAUUUUACUUCGAAAAGAGCAAAGAAACAAAAUAUUUAUUAUAUCAAUGAAAAAGAUGAAUUAGUUGAUACGGAAGAAACUAAAAUUCGUCGAGUUAGCGUGACUUAAGCCUUGAUAAAGAAAAUUUUUUUUUUAAUUAUUUUUGGACUGGUUUGAUUGCAAAAUAAAAGCCUCUUGUAUUUGGAAAAUGUUUUUUAUGCAGUAAAAAAAUGUAACGAUAUUUUUAUACUUAUAUUUACUUA